GUCGUAAAUUCUCGCAAAUCUCAUUCAACCUUAAAAAGCAGCGUGGAAAUUUGAAGUAGCAACAGUUAAAUGAACUUUAUUUACUGAUUUUAUUUCUCAGCUGCUUCACCCGACUUGAUAUCUUACGUUGGGAAAAGCUUUGACCUAGCUGAAGAACGCAGCACCGGAGAACAGAGAGGAUGUUUAAAAAAUUUGAUGAGAAGGAAAAUGUGUCAAAUUGCAUUCAGUUGAAAACCUCUGUGAUCAAAGGCAUAAAAAAUCAGCUGCUGGAACAGUUCCCUGACAUUGAGCCAUGGCUCAAUCAAAUAAUGCCAAAAAAGGACCCUGUUAAAAUAGUGAGAUGCCAUGAACACAUUGAAAUCCUGACAGUAAAUGGAGAACUACUUUUCUUCAGACAGAGGGAAGGACCGUUCUAUCCGACCCUCAGACUGCUCCAUAAAUAUCCUUUCAUUCUUCCACAUCAGCAAGUGGACAAAGGGGCUAUCAAAUUUGUGUUGAGUGGAGCGAAUAUCAUGUGUCCAGGGCUCACUUCACCGGGUGCCAAACUCUACCCUGCUAACGUGGACACAGUAGUUGCUAUUAUGGCAGAGGGAAAGCAACAUGCACUUUGUGUUGGUGUAAUGAAGAUGACAGCUGAAAACAUCGAGAAAGUCAACAAGGGAAUUGGAAUAGAGAACGUUCACUAUUUGAACGACGGCCUGUGGCACAUGAAGACGUACAAAUGAUGACGUCAAGCACCUACACCGAACCGCCCGAAUGCCACAAAAGAUAUUUUAUUGUCUGGGAGGCGCAAGCAGCAGAUCGACUGUUUACACCCACACACUUGGCUUUGUAACCUACUGGAGGCUGUAAAUCAGCCGUAAUGAUGCACAAAUAAAAGGUCCUGCUUCAAACAACAAUCAAAAUUUUC